AUGUUACUUUACACAGAAAGUUUUCAUAAAGUUGGUUUGAAAAUUUUUCUUCAAAAAGAUGUUUUUCCAACGAUAUUUGACAAGCCAGUUGAAAAACCAUCAGCAUCUGCUGUUAAAUUGCUUUGUAUGUUUGACAGGCAAUGUACAGGAACAAUUAAAGAAGAUUCUGAAUUUAAAAUACUCAAAGAACAAUUUCAACAUAUUUUUGAGGAAGCUAUUUUAGAACUGGAGUUUCUAAAUCGAAACACAGUGUCAACCAUGAUCGAUAAUGCAGUGGCAUAUAUUGCUGGAUGGGUGGUUCGAAAAGUAACCCAGAUGAUAGAUUGUAAUCAAUGCUGGCUAGCACUUGUUGAAAAAAAAGAUCCAAAAGAACCUUCAACUUCAAAAGAUCUCUAUAUUUCCAACACCAGUGUUCUAGCUUCCAACGAUCGUCAAGUUAUUGCUAUUCCGUAG